GACAGCGAGCGCAGCCAUUUCUCUGCCCCUCAUGAAAAACAUCCAGGGGGGGAGUGACGUUUGUCCAUCACGCACAUAACUACCCCGACGUGCGGGAGUCAUGACGUGAGCAGCACAUACCGAGGCUGAACUCAUCACCGACUGAGAUCCGCGCGCUCCAAACUUUCUCCCAAUCCAACGCCUGCGCAGACAAACCGGGCUCUGUCUCCUCCAUUAGGCUCAUGCUGUGCCUCUGCGUCAGCCAUGGAGGGAAAUGUGCACGGAGGCUGCAGCGACGUGGCGGUGAUGCACGUGAAAACUGAGGCGGUCGAUGAGAAUCCAUCUGCGCUGGUUUUGGGCAGUCAGGAGUCGCCUGCGCCCUGCGGAGAUACCGCAUGCAGAGGAAGAGGAGGAGGAGGAGGAGGAGGAGGGGAUCAGACUGCAGAGGAGCUGGCUGACACGACAACUACUCCUGUGCUGCUGUAUCCAGUGAGCACAGACCGCUUCUUCACCACAGCAGGGGAUGGAAAGACUUACCUGAAGAUAGCUCCAGCUUCAGCGAUGCCACCUGCUCCUUCAGAGAAGACGCUUCCCUCCGGCUCUGAUUUCUCCUCCAAAGCCGUUUUGUGUCUGAUAGAGGCGGUCGGGCGCCGCUGGGGCCUCUAUGAGACUCGAGAACGCUCACAGCUCUUUCAGAGCGUCCAGGAGGAGAUGGCCUCCAAGGGGCACGUGCUUCCUGUCGAAAAGAUACGCCGCAAGUGGAACAACCUCAUUGUCACAUACAAGAGGGUUAAAGACCGCAGCCGGGAGACGGGGCACGCCAAAACAUCCUGGGAGUUCUUCGAUUUGAUGGACGCCACACUCUGUGACACUGUUGGCACUCAGAUCGUCAGCAACAAAAGAAACAAAGGUGGCAACACUGUUUCCACGCUGCCCGGUCCUUUGGCAAAGAUCGCUGCAAAACCACAGGUUCCACAGCCCACCACCAUCAUCCGCCCGAAUGGGGACUUUACUUCGACUGGUGGUGUGGACUCAGUGGGUCAGGGAGCCAUCAGCAGUCAAAUCAUCAGUAGCGCUGCUGCCAUUACCUCAGUGACUACAGCCACCAUUAGCCCAACAAAUGCUCCAGAGCUCAAGCCCCUGAUCGUCCUCAACAGUGACAUUGUUACAACCAGCAUUCAUCCAGCUACCAUUGUGCCAUCUCCAUCUUUUAUCUCCUCGCCUUGUUUUACAGAGACAGCCUCUACUUCCCCUUCCCUUGGCUCCAUUAGCAACGCAGAUCUCAACGCGUCACGCUACGUAGGCCGUAAAGCUCAAUCAUUCCCAUCAGGCGUCAUACCCUUCCGGCUCAGCAGUGCGCCACUUAGCAACAAUCAGAAUCUCCUCGGCCUCUCCUCCUCUUUCCCCCAUACUUCCUCCUGUCUCACUUCUUCUAUCACCACCUCCUUACCUGCAGCAACCAUGUCGGGAACCGAGGGCCAGAACCAGAAAGGAAAUGAGGAGCAAACAAGCACAACUUUGUUCCAGGAGAUUCUGAAGCGACAGGAGGAGCAGGCCUACCUGGACCGAGUGGCUCGCCGCAGGGUGGAAGCCAGAGAGAAGAGGCGCGAGAGGAGGGAGGUGCGGAUGGCAGAGUCCCUCGGCAGGAUAGCCACAGCACUGGAGCUGCUCUCCUCCAAACAGGACACAGUCAUUGCCCUCCUGCAGAGACUGGCUGAUCGGAAGUGAUGGAGGGUGAAAGCGGGGACUCUGUAAUUCUGAGACCACACAUAUGAAAACUUCUUAACACUCCUACCAUGCAAUUACCCAGAGUUCCAUAAUGCUACUGAAAAGGGUUUUACUCUCCUGAUUUUGAUGUAAAUAAAAUUCUAGAAAAUCA